AUGGAUUCAAUCAUCAGAUCGCAUGAAGAUUAUUUUGAUUCUGAUUCAUCAUCUUCAGGCGAGGAAUCUGAGAAUUCUACAGUGGUUUACGUACCAAAAUGCCCCGAUGAAUUGAAACCAAAAAUUGGGCAAAGUUUCAUGACACUUGAUCGUGCUUUGGACUUCUACAACAAUUAUGCUCGAUAUGUUAGAUUUGACACCCGUAAAAAGGGAUCAAAAAAGGAAAAAGAAGUCACUACUUGGAUUUACGUGGUGUGUAGCCGAGAAGGUACGCAACAAAGAAAGAGUGAACAAUCUGAGUUGAAACGCAAGCGUUCUUCUAUUAAGUGCUAUUGCAAUGCUAAAGUGUCUUGGAAGUAUAUUAUGGGUGUUGGUUAUGUUAUACAAAGUUUCGUUGAAGAACAUAAUCACGAGAUGGUCGAGGGACGCCAUAAGCGUUUUAUGAAUUUGAACCGCAAUUUGGAUUUAGUCCAUCAGAAAUUCAUCCUCGAUUGUGCUAAUGCAAACAUUGGUCCAACUUUAAGUUUUAGUUUACUUAAAGAAGUGCUUGGUGGAUUAGAUUAUGUAGGGUGUACACUUUUAGAAGUGCGCAACUAUAGAGGAUUAGAUUAUGUAGGGUGUACACUUUUAGAAGUGCGCAACUAUAGACGUGACCUUAGAGCAUACGUGGAAGGAGCUGAUGCACAGAUGUUAUUGAAUGAGAUGCGAAAGAAGAAAGAGCUAUGUAGUGCAUUUACAUAUGAGUUUGAGGUCAACUCAAAGGAUAGGCUGACACGAUUGUUUUGGUGUGAUCCUACUGCCAGAAGAAACUACCAUUUGUAUGGUGAUAUUGUGUCGUUUGAUACGACAUACUCAACCAAUAGGUAUUGUAUGAUAUUUGCUCCUUUUACGGGCAAGGAUAAUCAUGGUCGCCCUGUGACAUUUGAUGCUGGCCUUUUGUCCAAGGAAAAUGCCAACUCCUUUUCAUGGUUAUUUAACCAAUUUGUAAAGUGUAUGGGUGUGGCUCCCAAACUCAUUAUAACGGACCAAGACUUAGGAAUGAAAGUUGCUGUUGAGGAGGUCCUUGUCAAUACAAGACACCGGUGGUGUAUGUGGCACGUUAUGAAUAAAGUUGCUGACAAAUUGCCAAAGAACAUGCUUGGUAGUGAACAAUUAAAGAAGGAGCUGAAUGCAUGUGUAUGGUCAGAGUUGAUAGAACCUGAUGCAUUUGAGGAAACUUGGCAUGCUAUAAUGGAAAGAUAUGGGCUGGCCAAUAAUGUCUGGUUUUCAUCAAUGUUUGCAUCCAGAAAAUUUUGGGUUCCAGCCUUUUUCCGUGAUUUUCCGAUGAGUUCGUUGAUAAAGACAACUACUAUAUCCUAA